AUGGCAAAUAUUUUGCCGUAUGUAGUCAUAUCCGUUAAGGUAGCUGUUUUGCUAACUUGCAUUCAUUUAAAAGAAGAACAUCAACAACUUUUCGGAAAUUUAUAUUUUUACUUCUUCCUUUAUGUCCUUUCUUUUCUCUUAUAUGCCAUCUCAUCCUUAUGCGACCCCGGCUAUGUUACAAGGUGCCCUUCGACGUAUUUAAAAAACAUAACAGUAAAUAAAUUCAAAAAGAAUAUUAAAGAGAAUCUAAAGGAUAGCAAACCAUAUGUAAAUCACUUCAACGAGUACACUACUGAUGGAGGGGACAUUCAAUUUUUUGACGAUAUGUCUGUCAGCUCCUCCGACUGCUCAUCCUGCUAUUCUUGCUCCUCCUCAACAUGCAAUCCGGUUCAGCCAAACGAACUGGACAGCUUGACCAUUUUUCAUUACCCCCAUGAAGACACAGUUUUGACUGAGAAGGGCGUGAACAAAACGUUGAAAAGGGGACAACGGCGAAAUGACUCGCAAAAAUUGAAACAUGCAAAAUCUCAAUUAACUUACAAAAACUGUAUGAUCAGUUCAGGUCAAAACGGUGGACAGGCAGGCAAAUCUAAUUCUAGCAGAAUUGUCGAAUUUUAUGAAGGAGGAGUUAUAAAAAAAAAAAAAAAAAAAAAAAAGGACAAGCAACAACUUACCCAAAGAAGUAUAAGUAGUAGUGAUGGCAUUCAUAAAAAGGGAGUAAAAACACCCAAUAGUUGUAACAACAAAACUGAAAAACCGUACAAUAUAUAUAAAAAUGUUCGUUCGCUUAAACGUCUACAUAAUUAUGUGCGCACGUUUGGAAAAUUGCACCACGUUUCGAAAUGGGCAAAGCACACUUCUCCCUUUCAAAAUAUACAACUGAGACGGAAAAAAAAUGUUAAAUACAAAUACAAGUUAUUAUCAUCCUUAUAUGAAAUGCAUUACACUAGAUGUUCUUCUGUUAAUGCAUAUACAAGUGCAACUGAAAAACUGGUCGACUGGGAGAAAGCAAAGUUAUCAACUUGCUAUCCAACGGAUCUACAUAUAAUUAAUAAAAAUAAUAUUAUUUUUUCAAAGGACAUCAAAACAAGGAGUAGAAACACCUUCCGUUUGUCGAACAACAAAUUCUAUCAGUAUAACACCCCCCUGUCGUAUUGCUCCGCGUGUGAUGUGCUGCAGCUUCUUCGAAGCAAACACUGCAAGGUUUGCCAAAGAUGUGUUAGGACGUUCGACCACCACUGCCCUUGGAUUAACAAUUGUGUAGCUGAGAACAAUAGAUGCUUUUUCCUCUUAUUUUUAUAUAUUGAAGAAGGAACCAUUUUUUUUUCCUUGAAAUAUAUUUCCAACGUCGUUUACAAUAUGCUCUAUUAUGAUAAUUGGUACUUCUUUUGCUGGCUCUUGAUGCUUUUGCUCACCUUAUCCUUUUUCUUUUUCAUGAUUCUGUCCCUAGGAAUCUACCACAGCUACCUGUGUUUAAUUAAUGAAACAACAUGGGAAAAUGGGUCACCCGGGAAAAUACCCUACUUGAAAAAUUUUUCAAAAAAAUAUAAUAGUCCAUUUUUUUUAAGUUACAGUAAAAAUGUAUUAGUUUACUUUUGUUACUUCCCUUUGCCUCUUUUAUUCCUUCAAAAAUUGCGCGAUUCUCUGCUGUCAUAUUUUAUGCGCAAAGAAAUUGUAGUAUUUGGAAAGCGGGGCGAAAUCCUCUGGAAGAGCAGGAAGAAGCUAACUUAUCGCAGCUCGAACAUUCUCUUCAAAACGCUUGAGCUAUUAUUUCAUUACAACGAAAUACAUGAACAGAAAGAUUAG